GAAUUCGUUGAUGUUACCGGGGUCUAUUACAACCCUGAGAAAGAUAUCCAAAAAUACAAAGUGAUUAUUGACAGUGGAUUGAAGAGAUUGAAUGGAGUGUUACGAGGCCACGGAAAACGAAAUUGGUUGGAACCAUGUUGGAAACGUAAAAGGUGUUGAUAUCCUCAAAAGGCCUGCGAGUGCCGACUUCAGUAUUUGGGAUUGCUCAAAAGGCACGAUUGAGAUCAAUGUACCAUUGAAUUAUCUGUUGUCGUAUCUUGAUGAUAUGACCAGAACGUCUGACUAUGAUGAUAUGUUCGACACUGGUCAGGUUGUUGAAACUCUUGGAGACCUUACUAAAGUUGUUUACAUGGAGUACAAAGGCAUAUGGCCGGUCAGUGGCAGAGACUUCUGUUCCGUUAGCGCUAUACGUGUUUUAGAGGAUAACACCGUUGUGUUCUUCGCAAAACACGCAAAGCAUCCUUCGUGCCCUCCAUGCAAGAAAUAUGUUAGAGGCAAGAUUCUAACUGGUGGUUAUGUGAUGAAAGUUCUCAGCGACAAUCCUCCGCGAAUUCUGUCGACUUACAUAACGCAUGUUGAUUUACAAGGUAGCGUUCCGUCUCGUAUUGUUAACAAAAUCACUGCAAAUCAACCUGCGUCUAUUGGAAUUGUCAAGAAAGUUGUGGAAGAAAUGUACAAUGAAGAACGCGCGAAUCCUGAUAGACCUCCAUCCAAGUUUCAAAUAGCCGCACUGGACUUUGCUCUGAAACUGGAGCGAGCGAGAGAGGUUGUGGCCGCGUCUCGUCCUCCACCAAAGGCGACUGGUGAUACUCCGAUCGUGCCGUCACAAUUUGCACCUGAAUUACAAGCACUCAACGAGGAUUCACCGGGUUCACCCGAUGAUCAGCAGCCAAAUAAGAAUCUAUCGCCAACUCAUUCCAGCUCUUCACCAUCAAUCCAUGCUGUGCCAUUUGAAUUCAACGGCUUGGAUUUCAAAACAAUUGGAAAUCAUGCGAGCGCAGGUCUUAUUCAAGAGGCUUUUGAAGUAUCUGAUGUUGAAAUUACAAAAGUCCCAGGUCCUUCUGUACACGAGCAAUGGGAAUAUCAAGAAACGGAGAAAAAAGUAAUGAUAUUUAGAAAAACUCAUCGAAAUGAGAAAAUGCAUAGUUUUAUUGGCAAAGGAAUUAUAGCUUCUCCUCCACCAAAAAUUUGGGAGAUUUUAAAAGACCCGGAAAGUACUUAUAAAUAUAAUAGCAUGUUGAAGGAAACGCGAACACUGGAACGAUUAAAUGACACACAAAGAAUUGAAUAUUUACAUUUCGAAACGGAAAAGUGUUUCAAAAAGGAAGCAAGAGAUUUCAUCGUUCUAAGAACUGAACGUCAAGAGAAAGAUAAAUAUUUGCUGUCAUUUGUAUCUGUGGAUUAUCCGAACUCUCCGUCAAAGAAGGAUGUAAAACGAGGGAAGAUCAUCGCGUCUGGAUGGGUCGUUGAGCCCUUACUUCACAAUGGUCAGUUGCAAUCUAUGGUUACGUAUUUAGCUCAGGUUAACCCUGGUGGAAACUAUCCAGCCAUGCUGGUCAACAUAACUGGAAGAAAGCAGCCAUUGUGUCUUGCUUAUUUAAGGAGACUCCUUGAAAAUCCAAAUCAAACUUUGAACCGAAGCCAAUCUAUUCACGAAUCAGAUCGUUUUUAAGUUUCUAUUUCUGCGUGUCAGUGAGAUUUCAAUUGUUCUGAUGAAUUUGAUCCCAGUGAAACAGCGUACUUUUGACUUGGUGAUUUUACGAACAUACUUGAAGUUGAAUCUUUGGGGGGGGGUUCAAAAUUGAGUUCCAGCAAAUGAAAGAGGGUCGUCAUCUUGCUGGAUCUUAGGCACUGUCUUUAGUAGGAUCGCUUUUGGAAUUGGGUUUGGGUUCUAAUUCACAUUUAUUAAUUAGCGAUAUGUUCGAUGUAUACGUAACACUAGCAUUAAAAUAUUAAUAAUAAUAAUAAUAAUAUAUGAAAUUCGUGGAUUCCUAAAAGGAAUAA